AUGGGCGCUCUUUGGGCUAUCUAUUUAAUUUUUGUCUUCUUUGCCGUGUCUCAGUGUACCAUUAUUUCGCGAAAAUAUAUCGCAAAACUAGAUGAUAAAAUAUCAAAUGAAGAACUUUUAGGUCAACACAAAUCUACAUCUGUUAUAGAGUGUGCAGCGCGUUGUCAAAGGGAGUGUAGUUUCUUUGGAUUUAAUCCCCAGAUGAAGAAAUGUCGUACACACAAGAAGAAUUUCACCUCUGAGAUCUCUGAUGAGGCCGGGUGGAGAUAUUACUUACAUGACUUUGUUCCCAAGGACUGCAAAGACCUUCAUGAUAAUGGUCACAGUAACACAGGGGUGUAUGAAAUUUAUCCUUUUGGGAUCCGCUCCCGUGCUGUCAGGGUGUAUUGCGACAUGGAUACAUUGAACGGGGGAUGGACUGCAAUCCAAAAACGCAUCAAUGGGUCCCUGAGUUUUAACAGGACCUGGACGGAAUAUAAAAAUGGUUUUGGUGACCCAAUUCAGGAUGUUUGGGUUGGAAAUGACGUAAUCCAUCAAUUAACAAAAGAAAACACCUCAUCCUUGUAUGUGUCCAUCACUCUCCAGAAUGGUACAACGCUGUAUGAAAUGUACGAUAGAUUCUCAGUCUCCGAUGAAACAGGGAAAUAUCAACUCUUUCUCGCAGGACCUGUCACAGGAUCACUCGAAGACAGCUUGGGAGGUCGACUAUCUAAGACAUACUUCAGUAUUCAGAAGAGAAAUGUGAUAUAA